ACGGGGAGAGUGUUAGGAACACUCAGGAGGUUCCUGCAUGGGCCAGAGAGGGUGGCAAAGGUAAGUUGUCCUAAAGAUAAGAGGGUUUUAAUUGCAGCAGACAGAACUGUAGUUAAUCAUGAAAAGGAUCAAGGCACUGCAGUCCAGCCUCAAAGGAAGCAGAAGCACCCCUCUCCAUACUUCUCAGCCUCAUACGGGGAAAACAAUUCAGAUUUGGGGAACCAGAUCAAUCUUCUUCUGUCUGUGGGACUUUGGGCAAGUUUGUUCAUCUGACCAAGUCUCAGUUUUUGUUUUUUCUUUUUAAAAAUGAAUAUAACUCAUAUACUAUGAUAACCCCUUUAAAUCAUACAAUUGAGUGGUUUUUAAUAUAUUCACAUAGUUGUGCAACCAUUGCCACUAAUUCCAGAAUAUUUUCAUCACUUCAAGUGGAAACUUCGUAUCCACUUGCAGCCACUUCCAAACUUUCCUCCUCCAACCUCCGGCAACCAUUAUCUGCUUUCUGCCUUUAUGGAUUUGCCUAUCCUGGAUGGUUCGUAUGGAUGCAGUCUUUUGAUAAGUGGCCUUUUGUGCCCGACUUCUUUCACUUAGCAUCAUGUUUUCUAGGUCCUUCCAUGUUGUAGCAUGAAUAAUAUUCUGUUGUAUGGAUACACCACAUUUUGUUUGUCCAUUCAUCAGAUGAUGAACAGGUGAGUUGCUCCCACUUUUUGGCCAUUAUAAAUAAUACUGCAAUGAACACUCAUUUAAUUUUCGUACUUACUUAAAACUUGGAGGUGUUUCUAUUAACUUCACAGAGUUGCGAGUCUUAAAUGACAUCGGUGUGGUGAGGUGCCUGGCACAUAGUAGCUUCUCAGUAAAACACUUAGGUUUAUCUCUGCUUUAUUUAGUUCCUCUAAGAUAAGAGGCAGGAAGGAGACAAAUUUAGGUUCAAACAACUGCUGGGUAAGGUUGUAGAAGCUGGAUUGGGUGGGUGAAGAGGAGUGAACUGGCAAGGGAAUAGAGCUCUCGCCUGUUUCUGCUCAGUGUUUACAAACCACCACCUAUUUCGCACAUGGCCUUGCCUUGAGCGGGCCUCUGUCCACCUGCCUGGAGCCCAGACAAGAUUUUCUCCAGGUUUCCAGGCUAACCCAUAAAAGCAACUCAAAUCCAGCUUCUCCAUCUUGACCAAGUCACUUAGCCUCUGAAAUUUGGCUUUCUUACAUCUAUAAAAUAGUAUAAUUUCUUACUAUAUCUAUAAAAGAGAUAAUACUCAUCUUGAAGAGUUGGUGGUUCAUAGCAUUCCCCAUAAUACUUACCACGAUCUGACUUAUUGUAUUUGCUUCUUUGUUUAUUGUCUAACCCCCUCUAUGGAACGUAAACUCCAUGAGGGCAGGACCUUGGUUUUGUUUACUGCUGUUUUCCCAGUGCCAAGAACAAUGCCUGACACAUGGUAGGUAUUCAAUAAAUAUUUGUUGAAUAAGGAGGUUCAUUCAUUCAUUUUUCACCCAACAUGAGUAUAUCCUGUGGUUUGGGGCUAUACUCCACAGGAGGGAAACUGAGAUGAGUUCCUUGCUUCCAAGGAGGUCUCUUCAAGUGGAAAUAACAGACAUGACUGAAGCAAAUAGACUGUAAUGAGACUUGAUCAAUAGAGUGUGCACCUUCAUCUUGCCUGAUAGAGACAGUCCCUCCCUGAAGACCUGUUGAAUCUGAAAUAGACCAGAAAUAGAUCCAAAGUGAUCCAACGUGCACCGGUCCCAGAGCUUGGCUCCUGGCAGGGAGCAAACCUUUCCCUACUGGAGAGGGGAAAGAGAGGAAGCAGAAAAAGGGAGUUUCCUCCUUCUCUCCUGGGCUGUAAGCCAGUCAGCCACAGUCAAAACUUUAAAAGGCCUAAAUUUGUCCAGAUACACUUCCCUGAUCUUGGUCCCACCAACCCUAGCCCCCCCCCCCCCCUGCCUUAAGUCCCCAGGCCUCCCUCCCAGGAUUCCAAAAGUAAGAAAAUAACUCCUUCCCCUCACCACAGUCCAAAGGGUUCUUGCUUGGAAUAGCCAGCCCCGUGCUAGUUGCUAGGUGAAAACAAUCUGAUUGAAUUCAUUCGCAUACUGUGGGUACUGCUUCUUUGGGGCGUGUUUAUUUAAAAGGAAAGGGGUAUCUUGAGGCAUGGGCCCCCUGGAAACAAGCCCCAAGCCACCUCUCUUGACUUUUGCCUUCCUCUCAGGAAGUCUUCCUUUCCUCAGUUUCUCUAAAUAGGCUGGGUUGGGGUGGUUGUUGAUUUUUUUCAACAACCUACAGCCGGUUGUUCAUAGGCCUGUGUUUUUAAAAAGGACAAGCCUGAACUCACCUUCCUGCCUCAGGGGCCUGGGCUCCAUACCUGGGAAGUAGACAGUCUUCUACUUUCUAACAAGCCAGACUUGAAGUUUGCAGUAAAUCCUCUUGUUGAAGGACAGGUGUUUCCCAGCUGAGCCCUUGGGGAGAUUCUCCAGUAGCGCAGGGACACCCUUCCCCAGAGGCCUAGUGGGCUGGACCUCUUUGGCCCCAUUCAAAGUGAGGGGAGACUCCUGCCACACCGGGAAGAGGGCUCUAUCCUCCACCUCCUUGGGUCCGUCUGUUUAUCGGUCUCUGGGAAUGGCCGCCUCCUGUUCUUUUUCUCCUUUUAAGUCUCUGAAUCUCUUCUCUCUCUUCCUGAACUACUUCUCGGUGCCUCGGUCUCCGUCCCUCUGUCUCUGGCUCCUGCAUCCGUCUCGGCUCCCGGCCUCCCUCUCCCCCUCUCCGCCCCUCCCCCGCGCUGUCAUUCACCCCGCUCCUCUCCACGCACAGCCAAUGGAGAGACCCGGCCGAAACGGCUAGGCUCGCUUGCACCAGGCUUUUUCGCCCGGUGAUUGAUGUCCCAGAGUCAACAUCGAGCUAGCAGACGGAGAGGGGAAGGAGCAGCCUGAGAGGGGAAGAAUACGGCGCCCCCUCUCUCCUUCCCCUCCCCCCUACUUUAGCCCUCUGCGCACUUCGCUUCCAAGUCUCCGCGCAGCCGGGAGCGGCUGCCGCCUCCGCGCCCCUGCGCGCUGCCCCCCGAGCCAAACACAGCGAUCGCCGCCGCCCAGGCCCCCCCCCGCGGGGCCGGGGCCGGGGGCCAGCAUGGAGCACCUGGGUCCGCACCAUCUCCACCCCGGCCAUGCGGAGCCCAUCAGCUUCGGCAUCGACCAAAUCCUCAACAGCCCGGACCAAGGCGGCUGCAUGGGGCCCGCCUCGCGCCUCCAGGACGGAGAAUACGGCCUUGGCUGUUUGGUUGGAGGAGCCUACGCUUACGGCGGCGGGGGCCCCGCGGCCGGGGCGGGGGCCGGGGGCGCGGGGGCCUAUGGUGCCGGCGGCCCCAGCGGCCCUGGUGGCCCUACUAGCGGCGGCGGCGGCGCCUGCAGCAUGGGCCCGCUGGCUGGCUCCUACAACGUGAACAUGGCCUUGGCGGGCGGCCCCGGUCCGGGAGGCGGCGGCGGCGGGGGCGGCGGCGGCGGCGGCGGGGGGGCGCUGAGCGCUGCAGGGGUGAUCCGGGUGCCGGCUCAUAGGCCGCUAGCUGGAGCGGUGGCCCACCCCCAGCCUCUGGCUACCGGCUUGCCCACCGUUCCCUCCGUGCCUGCUGUGCCGGGUGUCAACAACCUCACCGGCCUCACCUUCCCCUGGAUGGAGAGUAACCGCAGAUACACAAAGGACAGGUUCACAGGUCACCCCUAUCAGAACCGGACGCCCCCCAAGAAGAAGAAGCCGCGCACGUCCUUCACGCGCCUGCAGAUCUGCGAGCUGGAGAAGCGCUUCCACCGGCAGAAGUACCUGGCCUCGGCCGAGCGCGCCGCCCUGGCCAAGGCGCUCAAAAUGACCGACGCGCAGGUCAAAACCUGGUUCCAGAACCGGCGGACGAAGUGGAGGCGGCAGACCGCGGAGGAGCGCGAGGCUGAGAGGCAGCAGGCGAACCGCAUUCUCCUGCAGCUGCAGCAAGAGGCCUUCCAGAAGAGUCUGGCGCAGCCCUUGCCCGCCGACCCGCUAUGCGUGCACAACUCUUCGCUCUUCGCCCUGCAGAAUCUGCAGCCGUGGUCUGACGACUCCACCAAGAUCACCAGCGUCACGUCCGUGGCGUCCGCCUGCGAGUGAGCCUGCCCGCUCUGCCCGGAGAGAGCCCGGGUCCAGCCGAGGGGUCGCGGAGGCUGAGAGCCGGGACUCUCUCCCACCCCCUCCUGCUUCAGACUGUGCGCGGGAGGGGAACGCGGUGCCCCCUGCGCUCGGCGGAGCUCCUGCCGACGCUGUUUUCUCUUUGGUGGGGGGAAAAAAAGCGCGGGAGACAGGGACACGCGACCUCGUUCCAGACGCCUAAGUGGUCCCGCGCCCCCCUGGAACUGUUCAGAGUCCUCUCGGUUUACGUCUAUUUUAUUUUAUUCUGAUUUUUAACGUGGGACUGAGAGAGGCAGAGGACGUUGGGAAAUAAGUUUCUGGGGUCCUCAGAGGACAGCAGGGGCUGUCGUUUGAACUUGCUCUGGGAAGAACUCUGUAUUCCACUCCCCAUCACACGUGGACGCCCGCAGGCCCACACAGAGGUGAUUUCACGGUCUCUGGUGGUGUCACCCAGAGCCAAACACAGAGGACCUACGGCAGAGUGUCAUGCACACAUAGGGCCAUCGCCUUCACACCCUUGACUCUCACUGUCAGGCAUAAGCUAGGGGUGACCCAGCUGCAUUGUGAACAGCAUGGCACUUCUCACAAACACGAGGCUACGGCCACACUGUGACACACUACCCCACACACGACAGCGUCACGGCCCUCCAGGCCCCCAUCACACAUCCUAGCCGCACCCAGGUACGCACAGGCAGGUUUUCACACAGACUCAGCCUGCUUCUCCAGAUCCUGUUCAUACGGGGAGCUUAAGUUAUGCACUUAUAAGGUGUUUUCUGUGUAACCAUUUUAUAAAGUGCUUGUGUAAUUUAUGUGAAAAAAUAAUAAAACCCUCCGGAUCCGGAGUCAGGGCUACCUGCUCCUUGCUGAGCCCAGCACCUUGCAGCUACUUGGGUUUGGUGUGAAAUGGUGCCACUGGGGCAGCUGCUGCUGUCUGGGCAUAAGGGACACCCGGGGGCCAGGACCUGCAGGUCCUGGAGAGAGGGAAGGAGGGGGACAGAGAGAAACAGACCUGAGGAAAGGAAGGAGUGCCAGGCUCUCCUGGGACGCGGAUGCUUGAGAAGAUACACGGUCUUUGGGUGUGAGGGUUGCGCGCGUGUGCAUUGUGUGUUUGUGAUGGCAUGGACCUUCAGGAUGUAACUGAUCGUGAAUGUAACAGUGUUUAAGCGUGUCAUUGUGUUGGCAACUAUUGUUAAGUGCUUGUCUCUGCUUAAGUCGCAAAUCGAAACUAGCAUCAUACAUACUAACUUGCAGUGGUCUGUGUGACCAUGUGCGAAUGUGAUUGUGUCUUCCGGGGUACCGGUGACCACCCACCCAAAUCUGUGACUGUGUGUGACUCCCGUGUCAAUGUGUGUGAGAGUACAUGUGAGUUUCUCCUCGUGAAUCCAUUUUUGUGUUAAAUGUGCGAACGUUUGUAAUCGUGAAUCACCCAUAAU